AUGAAGGGGUGCACCUGGGUAUUUGUGGCAACUGUACUUUGUCAGCAGUUUUGCCUCUUCAGAGUUAUGGCAGCAAAGAGAGAGAGAAAGAUGAAGAAAGAACCGAAUCAGUAUACAGAGCCUUUCAAUGCUACCCUCUCAAACAGUGAAGAACUGCACGGGCAUCCUAAGAUCCUAGAAUCUCCAGAUCCUCGAAUCACAGAUCCACGGCGGACCUGGAUCUCCUUUGUUCACCGCCCAGAUGAUGGCAAUACCUCUAAAAAGAGAUGCAAAGGGAAAGACAAGAAAUUACGUGGCCUUGUUGGGCCCCCAGGACCUCCUGGCCCCCAGGGACCUCCAGGAGCACCUGGUGCUGAAGUCACCCAGGAAGUCCUUCUUCAGGAAUUUAAGGAGAUAUUAAAAGAAGCCAUUGAGCAUCGAGCAUCCCUGGCUGUUUCAGCCCAUCCUAGCCAGGUGCCUCCACUGCUGCUCUCCUUGGAGGAAGUUUCACCCCACAGACGUGUAGAGGAAGCAUUCCAUUGCAAGCUAAAAGGACAAGUCAUUGUAGACAAGAAGACGCUGGUAGAACUUCAGAACUUCCAGUCGCCUCUGGCCAAAGGAGCUUUUCUCCGGGGGACGGGAUUAAAUCUGGCAACAGGACGUUUCACAGCACCUGUGUCUGGCAUCUACCAGUUUUCAGCCAAUGUCCACAUUGACCACAGUGAGUUGAAGAGUAAAGUCCAACUCCGAGCCAGAGAUAAUGUCCGAGUGUUGAUCUGCAUUGAAUCUCUGUGUCACCGAUACACGUCUUUGGAAGUCAUCACUGGUCUGGAAAGUAACAGCAAAAUCUUCACUGUCUAUGUCCACGGCUUCCUGCAGCUGCAGGCUGGCCAGUACACCUCCAUAUUUGUGGACAACAGUGCUGGAGCUCCCGUCACCAUUCAGAACGGAUCAGAUUUCAUGGGCAUGCUCAUGGGCGCGUAACAUCCUCUGCAGCAGCGCAGAGGGAAGGAACUGACUUAGAGCCUUGCAGUGUAAAUUUGACUGAAGAAACCUUCACUUUGACUCUUGAAGACUGCUUCCUGUAACUUGGCAUCUUUUUAGACAAGCAAAGAGCCUUUCCUUUCACAGAUACUUCAGCUUGCUUUCAGAAGCUGCUGCUUUUGAAGGUCCACACCAGUUCGUUCA